AUGUUGUCUUUCCACCCUCACCCAUGCCCUAAGCUCAUUCGAAAUGCUAACUCCAGUUCUCUAUUGUUCAGCCAACCGUGUGGGCAAUAUGUUCGGGCUUCAGGUUUUCUUAAGCGGACACAAUCGUAUUGUCAUGUUCGCAAAAUUGUCAUUUCUCUCCAGUCGGGCCUUACUUUGCUCCUGUUGGUCCCAGUCACAACAACACACACUGCACACAAACAGGAGUGUCCACUGGCGUAUCUACACGUACAUGUACACAAGCCUGCCGACACUCGCUCUCAGUCGAAAAGUAUAAAGUGUCCUGAAAAUAUGGCUAGACCUAAGACCCCUCAUCUCGCCUCCACCUCAGACCCAUCUCAGACCGGCGCAUCUGUCAGUCCGGUUAUAGCAUAG